CAAACAUCAGGAAUCCCCAAAAAGAUGCAAUACAAAGCAUGUAUUGAACUUUUAAAGGACAAAGAUAAUCUCAUCUUUCCUGUCGUCUUCAGUUCAUGAUGAACGUGACCACACUCGCUCUGAAUCUCUCUAGUUUAAUCAACGGGACAGAUGCGCCGGUCUCUGGUCCCGUCACCUGGAGGACAGCCAUGAUCACUCUCAUAACCGUUCCACUCUCCAUCAUCACCAUCAUAGGCAACGUCCUGGUCAUGAUUUCUUUUCGAGUUAACCCACUCCUGAGGACAGUGAGCAACUACUUCCUCCUAAGCUUGGCCGUGGCUGACGUCAUUUUGGGCGCCAUCUCGAUGAACCUCUACACUACCUACAUCCUGAUUGGCCAGUGGACUUUAGGAAACCUAGCCUGUGAUGUGUGGUUGGCUGUGGACUAUGUGGCAAGCAAUGCUUCUGUUAUGAACCUGCUGGCCAUUAGUGUCGACCGCUACCUCUCUGUCACGCGACCUCUGACCUAUCGAGCCACUAGAACACCCAGACGAGCCGCGGUGCUGAUUACUCUAGCGUGGACCGUCUCGUUUGUGCUUUGGGCUCCAGCCAUUUUGUUCUGGCAGUAUAUAGUAGGUGAACGGACCGUUCCAGAGUGCCAGUGCUCAGUCCAGUUCCUGUCUCAGCCUGUGAUCACAUUUGGAACAGCCAUCGCUGCAUUUUACCUGCCAGUCAGUGUUAUGGUUGCGUUGUACUGGCGGGUGUAUCGCGAGACCGAGAAACGCUCUCAGCAGCUAGCUGGACUGAUAGCAUCACAGGGAGGACGCACUGGAAACACAUCUCAGAGAUCUUGUGACAGCAAUUCUCGCAGUGUUGAAGAUGUCAGACCACAAACAGACAAGAAGCAGCACAGGAAGGGACAAAGGACCAUCUGUCCCACCAUCACCCAUCGAACAGCAGCGUGGUGGAAGAAACGAAGGGAGAGGGACGAGAUGGCCAACUCAUACACAACAUACAGCCAUCCACAGAUGGACACGGACAACAUUUCUCCAAGAACAGACGAAAAUAACAAAUACAUUCCACUUGUUCGAGUGGAUAAGACCACGGUCAAUAACCAAUCCAUGCGGAGCUGUCAGUCAGGAAGUCAGAAUUCGCUUAAUAUGAGUCCUCUUACCACAAGUGCUGCUCAACCUUCUGCUCUAUCACUGACCACAGGCCAACAGGGCCGGAAAGCCCGGACCUCGUGUCUGAUCAGGGAGAAGAAAGCGGCCCGGACCCUCAGUGCCAUUCUCCUGGCUUUUAUAGUAACAUGGACACCCUAUAACAUCAUGGUUCUAGUGUCCACUUUCUGUGACGACUGCGUUCCCGAGGGGCUGUGGCAGCUAGGGUACUGGCUCUGCUACGUCAACAGCACAGUCAACCCUGUCUGCUACGCGCUCUGUAACAAGCACUUCCGGGUCACGUUCAAGGCACUGCUGCUCUGUAAAUGGAAGGAGCAUAAGAAGGGGAUCAGGUGGACCCCAACAGGAAAUGGCUGAUUACAUCAUGACAUUUAUUAAGAGUUGGAUUUUUUCUAUUCAUGAUAUCAGUGGUUCAGCACUGGUUGAUCAGUCAUGAGUUCAGGGACAAACACUGAUCUUUUUUAGGAUGCCAGAGAGCACGUGGGCUUGAAAAGAUCCUAGAGAUCAAGGUUGUGUAGCAAAUAUAUGAAGUUCAGAUUGUGUAAUCACGUCUUGGCUGGGCAUGUAGCAGUUUUCAAGUUUGAAUGGCCUAACUUUGACGCAUUGAAAAUACAAAUGUAGCAUCUGGGUAUGUGUUUAUCAAGUAUACUGGAUUUGUACUAGAGCUGUAGAAAUGAAAUUAGCAGUGACAGUAGUGUGACAUGCAAAACUUUUUUCUAAUUAUGUGAAAAAAAAAAAUUAUUCAUGAUGACCAGUGUUGGGGGUAAUGCAAGUUUUGUAAUCAGAUUAUCUUUAUCAAGCAAGUAGUACAGUAAUGCGCUACUUUUAAAGGUGUCCUAUUAUGCCCCUUUUAUGUAAUAUAUGUCUCAGGUGUCCCCGGUAUGUGUCUGUGAAGUUUCAUCUCCAUGGAUUUUUUAUUAUACCAUGUUUUAAGUGCCUAUUUUGGGUGAGAGAAAAUUAUGUGCUGAUUUGGUGUGUGUACCUUUAAAUGCAAAUGAGCUCGUGCUUCCCGCCCCCAAGCUCCCGAUUCCAAAUACACUGAGGCAUAAAUAAUACAGGAGAAGCUCACACAGCAAAUAUAACUUUCAAAAUGGAUCAUUACAAACUGUUCAUGAUGCAGCAUAUCAGAUCACAGAGGUAUGGGAUAUAUUUUGUGGAUGUUUGCUAACAUUCAGUACUGAGUUUGAUAGCAUGUUGCACAACUAACGCGGCUAAAGCUACACACUGUUGGAGAGACUCAAUUAGAAUGGAGAUGCGUUUAUGAAUUAUACAGACUGCAAGCAUUUUCGUGUUAAAAAUUAAAAUAACAACAUGGCUCUGGUCUCCGUGAAUACAGUAAGAAACAAUGGUAACUUUAGCCACAUUAGCAACGUGCUAACGAAACACAUUCAGAAAGACCAUUUACAAACAUCAUGAAAUAUAUAUGAAAUUGGAUCAUGAACAGUUGAUACCGAUCCAUCUUUUGAGAAUCAACUUCUGUGCAAAUCCUGCAAAUGCAAACUCAGAAUAUUAAUAAAACCUAGAUUAAUUCAAUAUCUUAAAUUGCACAACUAUACUUUAUGCAUUUAAUCUCACUUUACUAACCAAUGUUGUUGCUGCUGACCUUCGAUGAUCCAAUUCAGCCAUACCAAUAAGCAAAAAUUACUUUAGAUAAACAUCACAUUUGUGUUCCUUUUUUGCUGAAAUAAGAGUAUUAACUUUCUUCUUCUGCGAUCCAGAACUGUCAGCACAGCCGAAAGGUUUGUUUGAGCUGCGCCCUCUACUGUACAGGCGUGAAUUUGCAUUUCCUUCAGCCUGAGGCUGUUUCAUUUUUGGUGUGAAAGGGCCUUUACAUUUGCCAAAAUUAACUUGUUACUUUCCAUAAAAAGUAACUAAGUAAUGCAAUUAGUUACUUUUUUUAUGGAGUAACAAUAUUAUAAUGGAUUACUUUUGAAAGUAUCUUUCCCCAACACUGGUCAUGACAUUAUAAGUUCUUUAAAUAUAAAUUUUUUCAUCUUAAAAAAAAAAAAAAAAAAAAAAAACUAUUUUAAGAAAUAUAUAUAUAUAUUCUCUUAUCUCAUACAUAUUGUUUCACAUGUGAAUGUUUCACUGGGUCUUUGUGGAUCUCAGAGCUGUAGUACUUUAUAUACAUGAUACAUUGCAGUUCACAGUCUUUAUUUACUGUGCUGGUAGUGGUCAUAAAAAAAAUACUCAAGAUUAUUCCUCUGUUACAUGUAUGUUUAUUAUGGAAAGGCCAAUAUGAAAAAUGUAAAUUAAAAAAGAGAAAAAUACAGCAUUUACAUUCAAUACCAAAUACAAACUGACAUGAUUUACCAAAAAACAAAUACAAAAACGAUACAGUACUCACGAUAAUUCAAUAUGGUUAGUCAACGAUAAUAGAUAUUGGUUAUAUCACAUACAAAAUUCUACUAUGAAAGAUAACCCGCCUUAUGAGAGUGUUUUUGUGGGAUUAAAAUGGAUUAAUGAGUGAAUCCAGAAAAACAUGAUGAUAUGAUAAUGAAAUUAAAAUGCAGCACCAUCUUCUGGUUUUUGAAUCUGGACCUUGGCACAAUUACUUCCUGAAAGAACAACUUACAAGAAAUAAUUAUAUACACAACAAAGAUAAACAGAUACAUUUCUUAUACAAAUGAAUAUUUAAAUACAUAACAUCCUUAAUGGAUUAAGCCAUAUGUUUUCUCUAUGUAAACAAAUGUAUCUUGAGUGAGCAUUAAAGAAAAAAUAAAA